AUGGGUCCUUUCCACAGGCUGCAGAUCCUCACAAACUUCACUGCUCCGCAACCACCACAUGCCCUUCUGACGACCGCGGGCAGCCUGGGUCAGACACGGGGCGCUUGUUCGGGCCGGGGUGCCACCGUCCGUGUGCCCGCCCCGCCCCUGGCGGCGGGGCGCGCCCGUCCCCCCCUGGCGGCCGAGCGCCGAAACGCCGAUGGGGAAGAAGAGGCGCGGGAUUGGCUGGAGCGCCGCCGCACCAGGCAGAAACAACCGCUGGCCGCGCUGCCGAGGGCCGCGCGCGGGAUUUUUGAAGAAGAGGCCAUGGAGCCGAUGCAGUGGGAGCCGGGCGCGGCCGACGUGGACACCGAGGCGGAGGCGGACACAGACACGGACACGGAGGUGGACGCGGACGCGGCGGUGGCGGCCGAGCCCGAGAGGAAGGCGGACGUCCUCAUGCUGCUCCGGCUGAGGGACCAGAUCAAGCAGCAGCUCGCGGAGUACAGCACGGCGGUUCAUGCCCGUCAAGUAAUUUGCUGCGAUUACGUCAAGAACCAAAACAAAAUCAAGAAGGACACAGAAGAUUGGGAAAGACGUCUGGAGGAAGUAACCAUCUCUUUACAGAACAAGACGUUAGCCUUGCAAAGGAUCCAACUUACGUUUGCCCUGAGAAACAAAAUGAAGCAAAAUGAUGAUGACUCACGACUGAUCACGGAAACUGUGAAACGCAUAGUAACGCUCAGCCAGAGAAUAAUUAAAUGUCAGCAGCAAGCACGUGAGAAGGAGCAGAAAUUGAUUGACAUUAGAAGGAAAAGACUCACACUAAAAACAGCUGGAAGGGAGAAACUACUGCAAGUUCAUACCGUGAUGAAAAAACAGAAGGAGGAACAAGCAAGGGUGAACAUGAUCGAAACACUGGAGGUGAUACGUAAUAAGUUGGAAAAAGAGAUACAGAUGACUACAGUAAUUAAAAAUGUAUUUCAGAGUAUCAUAAUUGCAAGCAGAGUUAACUGGGCAGAAGAUCCAUCUUUGAAGGCAAUUGUUCUACAGCUUGAAGAUGAUGUCUAUUUGCUGUGAUUCAGGAGAGAUACUGUUUAAUCUUAUAUAGUGUAUGUAAUCAAUGGACUAAACUUGAUUGCUUUCAUAAUGCAUAUUAAUCUCACUUUAGGAAUUUGAAAAUGUAACCUUUCUGGUAGUUGUUGUUCUCUCAAGAGACUCAGAACGUGGCCAUGCAACUCUUUGAAGUGAAAUUUAAUU